UUGGGGGCGAGGAGGUUCGUUGCAUAUUCACGAGACGGGCCCUGUAUCUGCGCUGACGUCACGCUGCCGUAGCCAAUAUUUGCUCUGUUUGCGGGGUUCAUGCAUAUUCAUAUAUGCAUAUUCAUAGCCGCGCACUUUCGGUGCUGCAGCAGCCGCGGCGAGGGGCGGGCCCGGCCCGGCCCCGCUUCCCUCACGGCCCGUGUGCCUGCGGAGCCGCGCCGGCAGCGGGAGGCGGAGCCGGCCCGCCCGUAUUUAUGCUGAGCCCUGCCAGGAGCGGCGCCGUGAGCGUGGGGCGGAAGCGCCCGGCAGCUCCUUCCUCCCGCCCGGGUGCAGGCGACGAGGAUGAGCCAAAGAGACACCCUAGUGCAUCUCUUUGCCGGCGGAUGUGGAGGUACUGUUGGUGCAAUUCUGACAUGUCCACUGGAAGUUGUAAAGACACGACUGCAGUCCUCCUCUGUGACUCUGUACAUCUCUGAAGUUCAUCUCAACACUCUGAAUGGUGCUGCCGUCAACCGAGUAACCAGAGUUUCUCCUGGACCUCUCCACUGUCUGAAGAUGAUCUUGCAAAAUGAAGGCCCUCGUUCUCUCUUCAGAGGGCUGGGUCCUAAUUUAGUUGGUGUUGCUCCUUCCAGAGCAAUAUAUUUUGCUGCUUACUCAAAUUGCAAGGAAAAGUUGAACAAUAUUUUCAAUCCAGAUUCUACCCAGGUACACAUGAUUUCAGCUGGUGUGGCAGGCUUUACUGCGAUCACAACAACUAAUCCCAUUUGGUUGGUAAAGACGCGAUUACAGCUUGAUGCAAGGAAUCGUGGGGAAAAGCGAAUGAGCGCUUUUGAGUGUGCCCGCAAAGUUUAUCGCUUGGAUGGCUUUAGAGGCUUUUACCGGGGAAUGUCUGCGUCCUACGCAGGCAUAUCUGAGACUGUUAUUCACUUUGUCAUUUAUGAGAGUAUUAAGAAAAAAUUACUGGAGUAUAAGACUGCUGCUGCCAUGGACAAUGAGGAUGAGACAGCAAAAGAAGCAUCAGACUUUGUUCGAAUGAUGAUGGCUGCGGCCACUUCCAAAACGUGUGCAACAUCAAUAGCCUAUCCCCAUGAGGUUGUACGAACAAGACUAAGAGAAGAGGGAACAAAAUACAGAUCUUUCUUCCAGACACUCUCUUUGCUUGUGCGAGAGGAAGGGUAUGGCUCCCUUUACCGAGGUUUAACUACACACCUGAUCAGACAGAUUCCAAACACGGCUAUCAUGAUGUCCACCUAUGAAGUUGUAGUCUACUUACUUGAUGGAUAGCAGUGUGGCAAGGUGAAAGAAGGUGGAAGACUGAAAGACUGGAGUGGACCACUGAAUGUCAAUGCCAAUGUGGUGGGCUAAAGGAGCGUUGUAUCAGGAACAAGCAGCUGUGGACAAAACAGAAGGUUGAUUGUGGGCAACUCUGAAUAAUUUUGCUGCCUUUAUUGUGUGGUCUCAUGUCAGUGUGACAAAUGGGAACUGCCCCUUAGGGAAUGCCUUCAUACAUCUCUUAAUUCAGAAUUAUUCUUUUCAUCUAGACAAACUAGACAAAGCCAUUGAGUCAUCUUCAGAGACCUGAUGGGUGAGGGAGGGGACAUGAAAUAUGUUCCUGGGCAGUCCUAUUACCUUCUCUUAGUGAUUGCUCUCAAGUACAUCAUUUUUGUUCUGUUUUACUGCACAGUAACCUAUGGGAGGAAUGGGCAAGACAGUACUUUCAUAGUUUUCUAUACCUGACACUUCCGUUUAGUUGCUCUGAAGAUUCAUAAAGAGACUGAGGUAGUGUGGUAAGUGUGUAAAGUUUUCCAUGUUGCUACCUCAAGACAAAAUAUGGUGCAGGGACCCAGAACAGUUAUUUCUUCACUACAAAAGGUGAUACCUGUUGUAGCUUUUGGGUUUGAUUGUUCUUUUUUUUUUUUUUUUUCCUUGAUAUUUGAGCAGUGUUGUAGGUUAAUGAGAGAGAGUCUGAUUGUUCAACUCUUCAGGUUAUCAGUCUGUUAAUGUUGGUGUAUGUGGACUCCUGGUCCUGCUGCAUCAUGCUUUUUCUUUUCUGGAACUUUUCCUAAGUAAGAGAGGCCUAUGAAACAUUGUCCUGUAUCAUCAGUUUUCCUUGCCAACCUGUUCAGGUCUCUCACACAGCUAAGGAAGUUGCUGAAUGCCACUUUAUAGCCUUUUUAAGGAUUUGUAACGUGAUGAGAAAUGUCAACUAAUCCAGCCUCCCAUUUGUGAAGACAGGAUUCACUCAGUUUCAUGCUGCCUAAGCACAAGCUGUAUUACCCUUAAAUAUCUGGCAAAUCCUGCCUUGGAUUGCCGGUGUUUAUAUGGGAGUACUGGGGGAGAACACAUAUCACUGUGGCUAGGGUGACCAGAAAGCAGAAACCAGUUGAAGUUGUGAUAGAUCUUGUCAGUGCAGACAGGCUCUGUGCAGAAUGAUGGAGAAAUUGUAAAUAGUAUUUUCUUGAAAGCAUUCCCCCUGAUAAAUGCUGUAUCACUUCUGUCAGCUUGAGCCUGUGUACUGAGCUAUAACCUUGUCCUCCACAUUGUCUGAUUAUUCAGGCAUUGGUUUUGUUCUGUAAGCCAAUUGCAAAAUAAUGCCUUGCAUUCAGCAGUGAGGCUUAGCUGGCUUAUUCUGUUGUAAUUUACAGAAUUUUUCAAAAUCAUACAACUGGAGUGUCAAGCAGUUUAAUGUUACAGGAAGUUUUACAGCUUUCCAGACAGAUAUCUUCUCAGUCUACAUCCAUUAUCCUUAUGAGAAAGAUGAUCAUUUAGAAGUUGGGGUCAAUAGCUUUCUCCAUAAAAAUGCUGCUACACUGGCAUGGACAGAACUGUGCUCUCAGCUCUUCCAGUGUGGUACUUCAGUACACUUGAACUGUGCAUCAUGUGCAAUGGCUUUAUUUUAUGAAUGACUUCUUAUGCACUUUGUGGCCUUCUUAGGGCUUAUGACUUUUCUUCCUCUUACUGAUUAUCUGGAAUCAAACAGUGUUUGAAAUAUGCAGUUUGGUUUUAAACCAAGCAUGUGGUUUAAUUCCUGUGUAAGCUGUGCAGGAGUUUAUGCUGUAAAUCCAUAGUAUCUCUGUGGCAAUGGUUCUGUAGGCUCUGUGUAAAACCUCAAAGCUUGCAGAACAGUCAGUCUGGGUUUUUCUCGUUUGCUUUCCUUUAUUUUGACCCUUGUUAUGUUUUCCAUACAGUGUCAAAGUAUUUGAGUAUUUCAUGUAAUUCUCUGUAUUAAUUGCUCGUCCUCUAAAAGCCACCCAUAGUAAGUACAUUGACCUUGCAGUUCUGUAUUGACUUCCCUGCUUGGAAAAUGUUCCCUUUUUAAAGACAAGACAGCAUGGUCUGAGGGGUGACCAUAGUGAACUUGAUUGUCUCAAAGAGUGAAAGGAGUGCUUAAAUGUUUUAAAGUGGGCUUUUUCUAGUGAUCUCUCUAGGAAAAGACUGGAGUACUUAUGACUGACCUAAGCCUUGAUGUGAUGAUUUUGUUCAGAUAAAUACAUGCAGGAAUAGUGACCUACUGUAAUUUUUGUGAUGUAGAAGGUGGGUCACUCCUCAGGUUAUGUAGAUUACUCAGUCAUAGCCAAAACUUAAAUUGGCAAAGACCAUACUCAGAUUUGGUGAAUACAGUGAAUAAAUACCUGGAGUAGCCUAGGCUUCGUGAGAGUUUCUCUCCUCUGUUUGGAUACCUUGUCCCUUGGUUCUGUGUUUGACUCCCAUUCCUGGGUAUUCCCUGGGUACUGUGUGUGUGCCUUCUCUGGGUAAGAGCAGAGCCCCUGGAGGUGGUAAGUAGGACGAUUUAACAAGGACAGUUGAAUAUGGGAGAUAACAGCUAAAAGCAGACAAUCAGCUCAUUAUUCCACCUCUAUAAAGGAUGUUCCUUGCAGCUUUGUUUUGAACUUCAGGGGUAGAUCGUUUUGUCUUCUUUUGCAUAACCAAACAUAACCCAAACAUUUCUUGGGAUUUGUCAUUAUUUUUAAACUACAAGUACCUGCAAAAUUACCUCCGAUACAUUUCCCAAAGAUCUUUAAAUUAUUUAUGUAGUUUUCUUGAUAUUUAUUAUAAAAACUUAAGGGAAAUAACAAGAUGCUUCAUUCAAUAAUAUCUUUAACUACAGAGCUGAAAGCAGUGCAUUUAAACUUGGUCAUCUUGAUUUGUAUUAGGAUGCAUUUAUGUCCCACUUGUGCGUGCUAGACGACAGGACGUGUGAAGAGCUCUUUAGUCAGGAAUUCGUUCCCCAUUUCCCUGGCUGUGCUCGGAGCCGAGGUUGGCGCGCGGCGGGGCCGCAGCUCCGCGGCGCGGCCGGCAGGUGGCGCGCGCUCCGCGGGAUCGCGGCAAGCGGGUCCCGGGAGCGGCGCCCGGAGCCGCCCCGCUCUGCCCGCCUGGAAGUGCGCUUACCCCAGCGAGCUGCGGAGCUUCCUGGUGUUGUGGUUGUAACCGAGACAUCGCCUGUCCGCUUACCCAUCUCUGCCCCUAUCUCUGUUUACAUGACGCACUCCGCAUCUUCCCUUGCUGAUUGAGGUGUUAAUGACAGCGGAUCGUUUGUUCGUUAAUGACAGUUUCUGCUAGUCUGCUUUUCUUACGACAUUUGCAACAUUCCUCAGACUGCAGCAUUGUAUAAGAAUGCUUCCAGAGACAAGAGUGGAGAGCUUUUAUAAAUGUUGCUUCCUGUUUAAACGGUUCCGAUUUGGAAAACAAGCUGAAUGCUGAAGUGUGCCUAGGUAAAUGUACUACUUUUUUCAACUUUCUGUCUGUUAAGACUGAGUUAUGUAAGUUUUUUCAGUUCUUCUAUUUAAAAGUCUGCCUACCCUGCAUAUGUGAACAUAACUAUGCCCUCAGAGUCAUAGCUAAACACUCACAGAUGACAGAUUGAGAACACUUCAGUACUCAUGUGAGGUUUGCUAUUAUUCUUGCAUACAUGUAGUUGGCUGUAAACUGUGUGCAUUUACUCUGUAUUUAUAUAGUUAACUUUUUGUUUGGAUUGCUUUAAACUUCAAAGCAAAUUAAAAUUAUGUGCUUCUACUCAAUGUUGCCUGCUGUGCUAAACUGUACACUGUUUUUAACCUUGGAAUUUUUCUAUUAUUGAUACAUACCAGUGCCUGCACAGUUAUGAUUAAAAAUGAAAAAUUCAUUAA